AUGGCGGAGAUUUCCCAUGUCGUCGCCAUCCGUUACGGCCAGGAAAGCAAGGUGUUGAUCCCAGAGGAGCUGCUCCACCACAAGAGCAACAAGUCAUAUGUCCAACUGCGGCCAACAUCCCAUCCCAUCGUCCAGUUGCUGACAGGGCGACGAGGCCAGGUCAAUGCCAGUCUUUCCAACUCGGGUGCCAUGCAGAGCUUGGUCAAGAAAAGAAAUGCCGAGUUUGACAAGCCGCCAGCUGAUGGACCAGAGCAAUUGUUCGAGGAUGCCCCUAGCUCCAAGGCAUCCAAGAAACGGGGGCCAGCCAGACCAAGUGGCGAGGAUGUUGCCAUCCAGGUGAGAGAGACCACCGUCCAUUGCUUGAUGCAGGGGAAGCGCCCCAGGGCCUCAGCCUUGACGGUGGAGUUGGAGGCCAACCAGCUGACGGCCAUCAUCGAAACCGUUCGUGAGGAAGACCUAGACCAUGUACUCGGCCAAGCCAAGCGAAGCUACAAGAAGAAGCAGAAAAACUGUGACAGUGCAUGCUUGCAGGAACCAGUGCUGUAUCAGUUCGAAGCCAUGGCUGUCCCUCCAGCUGUGAUCCAAGAGGUCGAAUCCAUAGUGAAUGGUGCGGAGCCAGUGAACACCAGGGUGACCAAGGUCUUGAAGGUGCUGGAAAGCCAUGGGCUUUGCCAGACACAGUGCUUGCAGCCCAAGCAGGUGCUUUGCCACCCCUCCAACAGAGGAGGUCAGAUGGUGAGCCAUUUUGAUGUUUGGGCCAAGGGGCACCAGUUGCUUGCCGUUGGACUGCAAGUCCAGCUGUUGGAAAACUCCAUCUGCGUCCAGCUCGCCACAGAUCCGCAGAAGCGCCAGCAGCAGGUGUGGAAAAACCAGCAGCUUGUCCAGGAAGCCGGAGGCUCCCUGGCACCAGUGAGUGGCUUUCUGAGCCUAGCCUCCAGCCACACCACGGCAUUUCUCAGAUGCCUCGAGCAUGGCUGCCAAGAUGCCAAUGGCAAAGCCAUCAGCGUGCCCAGAACGGAUCCAGUUUGGGAAGCCAUCCAGAAGGGCUGGAAGUGGCACGUUGUUGCCUCCUCGGUGGAGGAAGUCAUGCCAAGCUUGCCACAGUUCUUCCAGGUCGGUGCCAACAGUGGCAACGCCAUUGGCACGGCCACCAGCGAGCUCGAGGCAGCCUGCCAGAUCGCAGCCCAACUCCAGCUGGGAUCCACUUUGGAGGCCGCCAUCAAGCAGGUGGCAAGCGGGGAGGUGGCCUGCAGAGCCAGUUUGGCCAGUAUAGGCCAUUAUGUGUCGAGGUAUGGCGGGGGCCCAGGGGCGCCGCUGCUCCGAUUCCUCUCCCAAUUCGGGUCCAUGUUCGGUGCGACACUCAUGUUAGGCACAGACUUUACCGACACUCUUGCCAACAUGACUUUUCCAGAGGCGACCAACCUCUUUCCGCUGACCCGGACGGCCGUCUGGGCGAGCCAAUUGACUUCCCAGAAAAGCAAUGAUGGGUUUGCAAGGUUGUUGGUGAGGUCGGACUUGCAAAAACUUUCCACGCCAUCCAUCCUGGACCAAGUGAAGGCCGGGGAGUCCAUGCUGGCGGACUGCUGGCACCUUAUCCAGUCCCAGCUGCCCGCCGCCACUGCUGAGAACCACAAGAAGACCCUCCAUCUGUACAGGUGCUUUGGCAAGCUCUGUGUGAGGACCAUCCUCUUCAUCGUGAAGAAGCAGAAGCAUGCCCCAGACCAGGUGUGCUUCGACACCUUGCCAGAGAUCCUGGACAAGUUCACACAGGAGGUGUCGGGUGUGCCCACUCCAAGCCAGGCGGCCUCCAGUCAGGCAGGCCAGGUUGAGGAUGCGGUGAAGGCCCAGCCGUACCAGGCCAUGCUGCUGCAGAACAGCCACAUCAAGGUGGGCGAGCUGUUCUGCCUUCCCAAAGAGCAUGGGUCCAAGGUCUUCGAGCUCUUGGAGGUGACCAACGACGGGGCCACCAUGCAGCAUCGUCCCAUUCUGUUGCCAGUACAGAAUGUGCAAGUUGCCUUGGGCGACUUGAAGAAGUGGAGGGUGUCCAAGCAGCGGAUGCCUUUCCUGGCAGAAGAGGCCAUGGUGGCCAAGGCUUUCCCCACAGAGCAUGCCAUGGCUGUGGAAGAGUUCCAGAAAGCCCAAGUGGUCUGUGCCUUGCACGAAGCUUACCAGAAGCACUCCUGCCAGGACCAGGAGCUGCUCGGCUUCGCUUGCAGCCCCCAGGCACUGUUUGCCAGGCAGACCCUCCAGCCUAAGAAGCUCAAGCUGCUUCCCAUAGGCCCUGUCUCCAAGGUCAAAGAGCCGGGGAAGGCCAGGUUGGUCGUCCAUGCGUUCGGAGAGAAAUGGUCCAUUGGCAGCUGGAAACAAGAUGUGGACCAGCAUGGGGUGGCGGUCCCGUGGUUCUGGUGCAAGCCAGUAGAUGCUCCACUUGCCAACAUGCAGUGGACCACUGUGAAGCAGGGACCAGCCACCAUUCCCAUGCUUCAGAACCACGUCCGCAUUCCAGGCAAAAGCAUGAUUUUGUGCGAGAACCAGCUCGAGGAGCCAGCAGAAUCGGCCAAGAAGAAAGCCAAGACCAAGUGA